AUGAAUCUCUUCUUCGACGGGUUUGCCAAAGUCGGCCUGAAAAUCGACACAGACAAAGCGAUGGUCAUGAACCAACAGCCACUGAACGCUGAGUGUGCUGUCCCUCGUAUCCACGUCCACGAGACCGGACUGAAGACCGUGGACAACGUCACCUACUUCGGCAACACAAUUUCACGUCGCAUCAGAAUCGAUGACGAGGUUGCCCAUUUGAACUCCAAAGCCAGCCAAGCCCUCGGCAGGCUACAGAACUCCGUGUGA